CAUUUUUUUAUACACCAGUGCAAGCAAAAAUAAUUGAAAAUGAGCGAUCCUCAAAUGGAAGUUGGUGCAAUAAUCAAUAGCAUUCUAUUAAAACAAAACGACAUUUCCUUAAAUGCUGAUGAUGUAUUAAAAGACUUGAGAUUAUUAAGAAACUUAUGUGCACGUGGAUCCGAAAUACAGUUCCAAAUUGCAUCAAAUGAGGAUUUGCAAACAUUUUUACAGAGUUUAUUGUUCGUGGCUAGUGAUAAUGCUGAAAGCAUUAAACAAUUACAAACUAUAGGAUGGCAAUUAAUGGCCAAUAUGAUUGUUAAUAAUCCACAAAGUCAGACAAUAGUGUGGCAAAAACAUGGUAGCAACAUUUUGCAACAAUGUCUAGAUACACAAAUGAUUUUAGAUAGAAAAGUAGAUGUUAUGUUAAUGAUAGUAUACAAUGUAAUGAGGUCGGCUUCUGCAACAUCUCUGGUUCAAUUACCGCUUGUGUUAAGAGCUGUGGUAUGUGUUUGGCAUUCAAUAUUAGAACAGAAAUGUUCUCUACAAUUCGAUUUUCUACAUUUUAUAUUCGAAGAAUUCUUGGUGAAAGAUGGUCGCAACACAGUCAAAUGUUAUGCCCAAUUGAGCACUAAUGAUAGAUUGACAUUCCUGGAUUACUUGAUAAACUAUCUUCGUCAAGACAGUCCAAAUGGUUUGGUGCACACAUUUUUACUACAACAUAUUUCCAAGGAAUUUAAAAUCAAAUCAGACUGUAUUUUGCGUGUAGCAUCAUUACAGGAGGUUGAUAAAAUGAAACCGCAAGAAGCCUACGCACUUUUACGUUGUAUAGCAUCAGCUUCAGGCUCUGAAAAUUACUCUGAACUUUAUGCUACAGACCACUCACUGUUCUUAAAUGUAUCUAGUCUUCUACGUUGUUUAGUACAAGCUAGCAAAGAAAGUGCAAAUACAAUUUUCACUCCUAUGAACAAACUAGAGGAGGUGGCACCCACUUCAACUAUUUCACCUGAUUAUCAAUCCGAAAUAUCAUAUGAAUUGAAAACACUAUUGGUACGCUGCAUUGCUAACUUGCUCUAUAACAAUGACACAAACAAGGGAUAUUGUUUGGACACACAAUUAAUGCCAGCCCUCUUCGAAUGUACCAAUAUGGAUGCCCGGAAUCCUUUAAUGAAAGAAUGGAGUAUAUUGGCUAUACGUAAUGCCUGCAUAGGAUGCCCGGAAAUUCAACAAGUUAUAGCAAAUCUAACAAGUCAAGGUCCUGCAAAGAAUGAAAUACUCACCGAACUGAAUUUAGAUUUAGGCUCAUUACGAAUUAAUCCCAGUAAAGAAUAAAUAAAAAUAUUAAUUUACACUACA